GUAAAAGAUUCAAAUUACUGUUAUUUAUUUUUAUUUUUUAUUCUUUUUACUUUUCCUUAAUUUGAUUCAAACAAAUAAUGAACCCAUAUAAUAAUGAUAACACUAAUGAUUCUAAUAUCAGUUCCAAUAGUUUAGACAAUAUUACAUCUCGAGUUCGUAAACGCGAUCGAUUAAAAUCUCUAGUUCAAUCAGGCACAUCCGCCAUUAAGCAGGAGAUUAACAAAAGAUAUAAUGAAUAUUAUUACACUUCUUCAUCAAAAUCAAUCUCACUUCGAAGCUUAUCAUCUUCUCAAACUUCUUUUACUGAUUUACAUACCAAUAAUUCUUCAUCUUCACUUUAUCACCAAGUUGAUGAGAAUAGUAAUGUGAAUGACAAUAAAAUUCAGCGAACAGAAACACAAAAGGCUGUAGAUGAAAUUUUGCCAGAAGAUGUUAGGUUAUCAGAGACAGUUCAAUCUCAGUGUUUAUUAUUUCCUACAUAUGCUUGCCAACUUGUUGAUAGUAAAGAUAAUGCUACAAUUAGAUAUAAAACUGUUCUAGCGGGUUGGGCUUUUACUAAACCAAGUUCUACAAGCCGUUUAGAUAGAUUUUUGCGUGGUAAAAUUUUAGCAUAAUUUUCAAAUAGUAAAUUUUAAUGUAACAUAUGGUGGAAUAGCACGCA